AUGGGAGUUACGGAGCGUCCGUUGGAAGAUAGCCAUGUUUCUACAGUCGUUCUUGAGGAAGAACCUUCGACGGAAGCACGACCGGACAAUGAGCAUGAGGCGGUGGAAGUGCUAGGUGACACGACGCGAGCUUCUCUCUCACCCGACGGCACUCGCGUGGCUGCUUCUUCUGCAUCGUCUUCCUCCUCAGGGUCGACGUUAGUCAACGACGGCGUAGUGGCGCAAGUGGAACCAAGUGUACCGCCGCAACCUACGGAGAGUUCGAUUCUGGCCAACAUGGGUGGAAGUCUGCAGAACUCAGCGCGUGGAAUGAGCGGCAAUAGCUACGCAAGCGGUAAUGAGUCGCAAGCCCCUCUGGUACAGGUAGUUCAGAACGGACAGUCUGCGAAUGGCAGCAACCAGGCCUUUGGUGUGACAGGCGACGACAUUAAUACCGAAACACCUUUACACAUUGUCUACACUGGCUCCGACGUCACCCUAGUGCCAAACCGCAGUGACCAAGAAAACAGCAGCAGCGCAUCGGAGCGCGGUGUUAAUAAUGUAGGGAAUGGAGGAACUGCUAGUAGCAACAACAGGGCAGCCAAUGCGGACCAGCAAGUUCCAGAACAACCAGCAGUGGAGCCGCUCAGCAAGAGUAUGUCCGGCAGCCGACUGUAUCGCGGAGAAAUGAGCGAUCACGAUGGCAGUGUUGCAAGCCUCGAGCAAUCGCAUCAUCAUGAUACUGCGCCCACUCUUGUUCAAGAGAUGGAGCGAGGAGAGCAAGGUUCGUCGACUACGCACGAUGGUACUGCGGGGGCGGAGACGGGAGCGAAUCUCAUGUAUUAUCAUGGAGGCGGAGAUGUUUUAGACAGCAAUGGG